AUGUUUAGUGGGCAGUCUACGACCGAAACCGCAUCGGCAACAACGGACGUCACGUCUUCUACGGCAUCAGCUUCUUCUUCUUCUUCUUCCACCACGACAAGCGACACAACUAUACCGUCCAGUUCUGUGUCGGAUACCCCGGAGCCAUCCGAAGCACCCGCAGGGCUUUCCACCGGUGCAAAGGCCGGAAUUGGGGCUGGUGUUGGUGUCGGAGCUAUCAUGGCUGUGGCUGUUGCAUAUCUCUUUUGGAAGAUGCGCAGAAACGAAAAGGCUGCCAAACAGGGCGAGCAGCAACCACCUUCGAAUAACAACACGAUGACGGAUGCUUGGCAACAAUCUCAGUAUGUGUAUACUUCGAAAGGCUAUCAGUAUCAACCUCCACAUCCGCAAGAGCUAUCUGGGACUCCGUUGCAGAGCUCCAAUGGGCCUGCUGAGUUGCCAGCACAUAACUGA